UCUCUGAAGUGAAUUUGGAUCUCUGUUCUCAUUUCUCAAGAAACUUUACAGAGAGAGAGAGAGACUGUGUCCUGUUUUGGACGUUUUGACUUUUGCAACAAAGCAGUCACCGUUCUAUAAAUAAAAACACAGUUAGCUUAAAAAAAAGGAAAAUGCUGCUUGAAGAACCCCAACCCCAACGAGCAACACUACUUUUAUUUCAUGUCUUCAAUGCAAUAUCUAAAAGGCAAUCAUUCACAAAAGGUUAUACCUUAGCAUAAGCCAGGGGCUCAUUGGUCAAAACUCUCAUUAUUUAUUAUACACAGCAAGCAAAGUAAAUGAUCCCUUUCAAGCCUAACCUGAAAUUCUUGGAAUCUACUUUCUACUUUCUAUUCCUAUUCUGGAAUAGUGCUGCUUCUUCUUCUUCUGCAUCAUUUUCUUCCUCUCUUUCUGUGUUCUUACUUGUUUAGCUCCUGGGCAUGGAGCUUGAAGGGGUUAAAGAAAAUAUGGAACUGAGGUUGGUUUCAAGGCACAAGCGUUCAAAGAGCUUUCCUGAUAAGAAAAAGUUUGAGGAGGAUAGUACAGACACUGAGGCCACAGAUAGAAUUAAGCUGGAUACUGGGUACCUCACAGAAUGCUGUAAUUCUAGGACAAAACAAACAGCUACAAAUGAUGCUGAAUUUACUCUGAAGCAAGAGAUUCUACAACUUGAGAGAAGACUGCAAUACCAAUUUGAGGUCCGAAGCACAUUAGAAAAGGCGCUUGGAUACCGACCUUCAUCAUCUCUUGCUAGUUCCAAUCAUACAAUAGUACCCAAGCCAACCACAGAAUUAAUUAAGGAAAUUGCAGUGUUAGAGUUGGAAGUUGUGUAUUUGGAACAACAUCUCCUCUCCUUGUAUCGCAAAGCAUUCGAUCCGCAGUUACCCUCUGUCUCUCCACCCACCAAGGAGGAAAGACUAGAGUCUCCUCUAAUAACAACUCCAAGAGCAAGAUACACUGAAGUUUCUAGGCCUCAUGAGGUCUUAACCGAAAGAGGAUGUUCUGCAGUUCAAUCCAACAGUCAUAUUCUUGAUACUAUUAGAAAAGAACAUACUAAUGGAUAUAAAGUUGAGACUCCGGAGAAAGAACAUAGUGUAAGUCAGCCAGAAGAACAGCAUUUAGAUUCUGGUGUAUAUCGUUGCCACUCUUCAUUAUCCCAUUGUCCAGCAUUCGCAACAGCACAGUCUCCUACAGCAUCCUUGCGAGCUUGUCAUUCGCAGCCAUUGUCCAUGAUGGAGUAUUCCGAAAAUGUUGAUGGUUCAUCAAAUAUAAUCAGCCUAGCAGAGCAUCUUGGCACACGAAUAUCCGAUCAUAUUCCGGAUACACCUAACAAGCUUUCUGAGGAUAUGGUGAAGUGCAUAGCAGCUAUAUACUGUAAACUUGCAGACCCGCCUACGACGAAUCCUGGCCUUUCCUCACCAAGUUCAUCCUUGUCUUCAGUUAGUGCAUUUUCUGUUGGAGAUCAUGGUGAUAUGUGGAGUCCAGGUUUCCGGAACAAUUCGUCUUUUGAUGUACGGUUAGACAACCCUUUCCAUGUGGAAGGGCUCAAGGAGUUUAGUGGACCUUACAGUACCAUGGUUGAGGUAUCAUGGAUUUACAGAGAUAAUACCAAAUUGGGUGAUACAGAACAGUUACUCCAGAACUUCAGGUCAAUUAUUUCUCGACUAGAAGACAUCGAUCCGGGGAAGUUGAAACACGAGGAGAAGCUAGCUUUCUGGAUCAACAUACACAAUGCUUUAGUGAUGCAUGCAUUUUUGGCUUAUGGUAUCCCACAAAACAAUGUGAAGAGAGUCUUUCUUUUGUUGAAGGCUGCAUAUAAUGUUGGAGGUCAUACAGUUAGUGCAGACACAAUACAGAGUGCUAUACUCGGGUGCCGAAUGUCGCGUCCUGGACAGUGGCUAAGAAUGUUCUUUUCUUCAAGAACCAAAUUCAAAGGCGGAAAUGGACAACAAGCAUAUGCAAUUGAGCAUCCUGAACCUCUUCUACACUUUGCACUCUGCUCCGGAAACCAUUCCGAUCCAGCGGUACGUGUAUAUACACCAAAGAGAGUGCUUCAAGAACUAGAAGUAGCCAAGGAAGAGUACAUUCGUGCCACUUUUGGGGUACGAAAGGACCACAAAAUACUUUUACCAAAGCUCGUUGAGUCGUUCGUCAAGGACUCCGGCUUGUGUCCCGCCGGUACAGUUGACAUGAUCCAACAGUCUCUGCCUGAAUCACUUAGAAAGAGUGUUAAGAAAUGUCACUUGGAAAAAUUUCCAAAAAGCAUAGAAUGGAUUCCACACAAUUUCUCUUUUAGAUAUCUCAUUCCUAAGGAUUUGGUAAAGUGAUUGCUUUGGUUACAUUGUUUGAGUCUAUGUAUUCUUUUGUACAAAGUAGAGAGGGUAGAUUGCA